CUCCACCACCAAAACCAAAGAAGAAACAACAAAAUUUUGUAAAGAAGUUCACACUUCACACUUUGACACUUCACAUUUUCAUUUAUUGAUUGAUCUCCAACUAAACCCAAAACCCAUCAUCAGAGAGCUCUUUGAUUCCAAACUUCAACAAAAUGCGGAGGAUUCUUUCUCUGAAAUUAGCCCAAAACCUCCCCAAAAACCUCUCACCCUCCACCACCACAAGCUCUUCCGUUUUCCACUUUCAACCUCACAAAACCUUCUCUCUCACCAAAACCCACACCCAAAGUCACUUCUUUAACUCCAUCCCAACACACCCACUUCCCCAUCAGCACAAAGUUCAUGGCUUUCUCUCCAAUCCAAUUCUCAGGAGGCACUUCUCUUUGGGUUACGCAAAUACCCUUUUGAGGGUAUCAAGCAAGAAGCUUUCGGAGUGCAGGCUUGCCUUUCUCCAAAGCAAAUUUCCCAAACAGAGUCUUAACUCUAACCCAAUUCGUAUUUAUAAUCAGAGUGCCUGGAGAUCAUGGUUGCGAAGGUUAUCAAGCAAUGACAUGGUUUUGGGAUUGAUUGUAGCUAAUGUUGCUGUUUUUCUUUUAUGGAAAGUAGCAGACCCUGUAUUCAUGACCAAGAAUUUUACUAUCUCAUUGGACAAUUUUACAAGUGGACGUCUUCACACAUUGAUAACUUCGGCAUUUAGUCCCAUGGAUGUUGGGCAUUUAAUGUCUAACAUGAUCGGACUGUAUUUUUUUGGCAUCAAUGUGAGUUUAAACUUUGGGCCUGAGUUCUUGCUAAAAUUGUAUCUAGCGGGAGCUAUUGGUGACUCAGUCUUUUACAUGGUGCACCGUGCCUUCCUGGCUGCAUCAUCAAAGAACCGACCAUUUGGGACAAGGGACAAUUCUAAGAUUCCAGGUUUGGGGGCAAGUGGUGCUAUGAAUGCUAUCAUGUUACUUGAUAUAUUCCUUCAUCCGACAGCUACCCUAUACCUUGAGUUUAUCAUACCAGUUCCUGCCAUGCUGCUCAUAAGUGGAAUCUUCCUAAUUGGAAAGGAUGUCUUAAGGAUAAUGCAGGGAGACCAUCAGAUAUCAGGAUCUGCGCACUUGGAAGGUGCAGCAGUGGCAGCUAUAGCCCGGGCAAGACUUCGAAAGGGGCGUCGUUUGUUUUAGCUUAGUCUGCAGAUUACUUGGGCAGCAUUUUGUAGAUGUGAUAUGUGUAGGACACUGAGAGAUGUUCCAGUUAGCUAUUAGUGUCUCGGAACAGUCUUCUUUCUGGAGCUAAAUUACCAAAUCUUUCAAUGAUACCGGAUUAUUUUCCCGGUAUUAAAAUUCAGAUUAUUUGGGAAAACUCAUCUCCCUGAUUGCAGUCUUGCAGAUGCCAAAGUUUGGGCCUGUGCAGUGGGGCUAUGCCUGUUGGCUCAUUGUACUGUAACUGUCGUAACCGUCGCAUGUUUCUGAGUUUUUCAGCCCUGACCUGAUUUUCUAGAUUCAAAAUAAGUUGUACGUUUUUCAUUUUGACUGGAAAAUACGGAGCUCGAAAAUAGUACGUUACUUACAUCCCCUUCUUCCUU